AUGAUUGACGAAAUGAUCAUAGCAAAGAAAUUCAGUCAAGAGAUACUGGACAAAGCUGAGAAAUUGAAAGUAUCAAUUCCGUCGGUCCCUGAGAAACUUAACUCUCCAUUCUUCUUCGCCAGAUUUUUGCAUGCAAAUAAUGGAGAUGUUGAGAAGACACAGAAAAAGAUUCUUCAGCUUUUCGAGCACAGAAAAUUGAUGGGAUAUGACAAAAUCAGUGACCUCGAUAUUUUUACCACAAUCGAUAUUGGCAAAGAUUGUUUUGAACGAUUCCACAUUUCUCAGCUAAACUACGAAGUUACAUCAAGAAACUUGCAUGUGUUCGUUCAGAGAAUGGAUGGAAUGGAUAUAAAAGAAAUCUUGAAAAUCAUGCCGUUGAGUUAUGUUCUUCAUUCCUACUUCAUGCUGCAGGAGAACUUCUCAAGAGCCAUAGCACAUACAGAGAGAAAAACAGGAAAGACAUCUUCAGUUGUUUGUAUUUUGGACUUGAAAGGAUUGAAUCUAAUGGACUUCAUGAAUCCAUUAUCAGGACCAGCACAGUUGGCAAGACUAGUGGUCAUGAUUUGGGCAGAAUAUUUCAGCGAGCAUCUCUGCAAACUUUUGCUUAUCAAUCCACCUGGGAUCAUCUCUGUAAUGUGGCAAGUCACAAAGCGUCUAGUUGAUCCGAAUACCGCCGAAAAGUUGGCGUUUUUGAACAACGUCGAAGAUCUGAAAAAAUAUUUGGAAGUAAAUUCGAUUCCAGUUGAAUAUGGAGGCACCUAUCGGGAUGAUACAGGAUAUGCCGAUCCGCCUGAAGGAGCUUGUAAACCACCAAAGAAGAUAACCAAAGAAGAAUACAAACCACAAGAAUACAUUUGGAAUGAAAAUGGAAUGUUGAAAGCACCAAAAUCAAAGAGCUUCUCAAUAAAAGCUCAUCAGACCGCAGAGUAUUCGAUUAAGACGGCCACUGCAGGAAAACUGGUUUGGAGUUAUACGACCAGUGGCGACGUUGACUUCGAGAUAGUACGACGGGACGCCGGCAAAGAGAUGGCAAUCUGGCCAAAGAUUACAGUUACUAGUCUCAAGUUACCAGAAUAUGGAAACAAAAUGGUGACACCGGGAGAAUACAUAUUGAAGUUCACAAAUCCAACGAACACUUGGUUCCCAGCCAAAGUUAAUUGUGCAGCUGAGGUUUUCAAUGUGUAA